GUAAGUCAUUGCGAGAUUACGUAGGCAGAAGUACAGGAAGAACCUUUACGCAGAUGGUGCGAAGCUGAGCGGCAAGAAGAAUUACAACAGCAGCAACAAUGGAUCGAGUGAGGUCUGCAUUUAACAGCAUGAUUAAAAGAGAGCGGUACAGCAGGUUCACGCUGCAGCCAGCGGUGGACGGAGAAAGACACGUUGAGGUCAAACUGUCUGAUGAUGCCACAGAUGACGCCACAGAGGCCGAGGCAGGGGGCUCUCCGAGCUUCAGGCCAGCACCUCUGCAUCAAAACCGCCGUACCAUUUGCUACCUGGCCCUGGGAACUCUGCUGAUUUUUCUUACAGGCUACCUGAUCGGCUACAUCAGCAAACCCGGCGUGGAGCAGAAGAACUGUGGCACAGAGCUGGGCGGGGAAAAUAGCCUGAUAAUGACGCCAUCCGUUGUUGCACCAAAUGCUCAAGUUCAGCUGGAGUGGAAGGACAUCACCCAACUCCUCACGCAGAAACUCACCAGCCAGGCCUUUGACAAAACUCUGAGUGACUUUGAUGUGCUCAGACGUUUGGCAGGAAGUGAGGAAGAUUUGAGUCUGGCAAACCGCAUCUUUGAUGAAUUCAAGAAAAUGGAGAUGGAUCCCUGGACUGACAGCCACUACGUUCAGCUGCAGCAGCCAGACAGCAAUAGGCCAAACCGUGUCCUCUUUGGUUCUGAUGUCUUCAAGCCUACGGGAUAUCUGGCCUACAGUGCUCCUGGGACAGUUGAGGGGAAGCUGGUGUAUGGCAACUAUGGUCGUCAGGAGGAUCUGGAGGUUCUGCAGAAGAAGAACGUUGAGCUGAAAGGGUGUGUGUUGCUGCUGCGAGCUGGAAAGAUCAGUUUUGCGGAACAGGUGGAUAACGCUGCCACAAAGGGGGCGUCUGCUGUUCUGAUCUACCCUGACAGGAAAGAUUACCCAUAUCUUGCGGGCACAGCACUCUACGGGCAUGUCCAUCUGGGUUCAGGCGACCCCUACACCCCUGGAUUCCCCUCCUUCAACAGCACCCAGUUCCCCCCAACUCAGUCGUCUGGCCUCCCCAAAAUCCCAGCCCAGACAAUCACCGCCAACAUAGCUUCAGCUCUUCUACAGAAAAUCGGUGGCCCUGAAUCAGAUGAAAGCAGCGGUUUUAAAGGCGGCUUUGAGUCGCUGGCUUACAGUCUGGGAGGCAGCAAGAACAUCACUGUCGAGGUGAACAACGUGCUGGUCAACAGGAAGAUCCCCAAUGUGUUUGGAGUCAUCAAAGGAUUCAUUGACCCUGAUCGCUACGUUGUACUGGGAGCUCAGAGAGACGCCUGGGGUAGUGGUUUUGCCAGAGCCACUGUCGGCACCUCUGUACUCGUAGAGCUGGCUAAGGCUGUUCAUGAGAUGGUGGAGAAAGAUGGGUUCAGGCCCAGAAGAAGCCUGGUGUUUGCAAGCUGGAGUGCCGGAGAGUAUGGAAGUGUUGGCGCCACUGAGUGGUUGGAGAGUUUUAUAUCCUCAGUUGACAAACGUGUUGUCACCUACAUAAGCCUGGAUGGAGUGGUCAUGGGUAAUGGGAGCUUUAUGGCCUCAGCAAGUCCGCUGUUGUACAGCCUCCUCGAGAAGACGAUGAAAGCGGUGAAGGUUCCUCUUGGUUCUGGCACUGUGUACGACCUGGUGGGGGAAAGUAAAUGGGAGACCAAUGCACUGAGGCCGAUGUCAAUGGACGACCCUGCCUAUCCCUUCCUCGCCUUCUCUGGAAUUCCAUCCAUCUCUUUCCACUUCACCUCUCCCAAAAUUGAGGCCUACCCUUACUAUGGCACAGACCUGGACAACAAGAACAAUCUCAAUUUCCAAACCAACCGUCGCACCAGUGAAAUGGCAGCGGUGGCGGCGCAGUUUGCUGGCCAGAUGGCUCUGCGGCUGGUCCACGACCACCGGCUCAGCCUGGAUGUGAGCCGAUACAGCAGCGUCCUCGCCAAGGGUGUGGCCAAGGUCUACAGACACAUCAACCAACUCUCACAGUCUGGUCAGCUGAAGGAAGUGAAUCCCAGCUGGCUAAACCGAGCACGCGGCUCGUUCCAGCGAGCUGCUUCCAGCAUCAACGAAGCCUUCGACAAGACUGACUUGGAUGACAAGGAGGCCUGUCGCAUCCUCAACGACAGGAUCAUGAGUGUUGAGCACACCCUCCUCUCUCCUUAUGUGUCCCCCAUCGAGAACCCCUUCCGUCACCUCCUGCUGGGCCGGGGCUCCCACACUUUGGCAUCCAUCGUGGAGACCGCCGACGUGAAUAAGUUCCGCACCCGACUGGCCCUGGCCACCUGGACCCUGGAGGGAUGUGCCAACGCCAUGGUGGGCAACAUUUGGGAAAUCGACAACGAAAUCUAAAGAAAAUGGACGGGGAGUUGUUUGGCGUUGGUGUGUGUGUGAAAUUAAAUAUGAGGUAGAGCCGAGAUAGGAGCUCCAAUAAUCAGCACUUAAGCACAAGCUAUCAAUCACCGGCCUAGGUCUCGCCCUUUAAGAACAGGCUUAUUAUCAGUUUUUGGGGGGUCUCGAUCCCACUAAGAUCAGGAGGAGGUAGAAAAUAUAAAACACAUUCUCAAAAAAUGUGAACCAAGUACUUGAAGAAAUGAAACAUGACAAAUCUGCCUCCUCUCCAACACCUCGGACCAGUCAAAGCCUUAGCUGCGACCUAUUGCCAUCCAAACACUGAGAAACCUUAUUUAUACUUAAGUUUAUUUAUCAGUGGCAGUGUCCACUAUAAAUGUAUUGUUUGUCUUUUUAUACGACGUUAUCGGAAGCAGUGCCUUCCAUAAUUAUGACGGUUAUACUGUCUAAUCCUCUGGCAGCAUCUGCUACAGAAAAUGACUCCUCAACUGUUGCUUACAAAAUGGAGCCCCUGAUGAAGUUAAGAUUUGAAUUUUGAAUGACCUUCAUUUCUUCCUUUUGUGUGGAUCCCAGUUAAAAUGGUAAUUUGUGUUUAAAAAAAAAAAAAAAGUGACGUGAAGUGGCGCUUCCGUUGAUCAUUGAAAUGGUUAAUUAAAAAGCAUUAAAAGGGAGAAAUGAAGGGUAGAAAAUAGUUUUUCUUGGAAAUGUGUGUUAGUAUUUACAUUUAUCUGUCAAAAACUACACUAAGAACAAACAUUAAACUGAAACUGUCUUGAUAUUAUGAAAUUUAUAUUAAUAUACCAACAAGCCCAGAGAUAAACUGUGUUUGAUUGGAUUUAAUCUGCGAUUGAUGGCAGGAUGAAAAAAAAAACAAAGCCACCAAGAAACCAUAAACAAACCUUAUCAAAUUCCAUUUUUAGUGCAACAACUCUGAUUUGUUCAGUAAUUUGCAAGAAAGCCAUUUAUGUUGCACAGUCUACUUUGGAGCAGUUAAUAACAUGAUCGAGUUAUCGGGAGCAGUGUCUUCCAUAAUUAAAACCCAUUAUCGGGAGCAGUGUCUUCCAUAAUGACAAGCAGUAAUGGUAGUUUUUACCUACCCGUAUGUAUAUAUGUGUGUGUGUGUGUGUGUGUGUUUUUACGUAGUGUGUAUUUAUCGAGGGCAGUGUCUCUCAUAUUUCACUUAAAGGGUGGAACAACUUAUCGGGGACAGUGUUUCCCAGAGUUUUAUACUUGACAUAUUUGCGUUAUUUUGUUUUUUUUUUUGUCUUUUAUUUUUGGAUUACGUGUGUGCGUGUAGGCACAGUUCUCCUGUGUAUUUGUGCUUUGGACUUUUUUCUUGUGUUUCUUUGUGUUAGUGACUUUAUAAACACCACGGAUUCUGUUCCUAUGUAUGAAUUCAUUGCACAAGCCACCACUCUGUCUGCAUGUGUUUCAGUCACGUGUUUCCUCUUCACUGCAUGUUGCUGUGUUGCUUUACUGAGGCGUAGCUCAACAGAUUUGGAUCAUAUCAAAUGUUCAAAUUCAACCAUAUAUUUUUUUUCUUUAAUACAUACACUGAUAGAUAAUUUUUUUUGUUUGACCAUUUUCUUACCAUUAAAGUUAGUCCUUCAUUUUCCCAGAAGGUAUCAGUCCUCUGAACAUAAAGCAGCAGAAAAAAACCACAGACACAAUAACAAUACAAUUGAAGCCAUAAUAUGAACACUUUUUCAUAAUUCAGAUUAUUACAUGUUUGAACACAUUGGUUUGUUUCCACAUGUCUGUUCUGUUGAGCUUCGUACAGUUUUUUCUUUCCCAUAUCUGUCACAAGAAUUAAAAGUAAGGUUGCUUAAUAGGUUGGUUGGGAAAUGGAUUUUUUCGCUCACUGUCUAACUAAAAUACUGAAUGCUAUGUUGAAAUACUGUUUCAAAACCUGGUCAGUAAGAUGUUUGCACUUGAAAAGUUCUUGGAAGUUUUGUUUCUGUGACCUUCAUGUUCAGCUGAAAAGUGUAAUAAACCCUUUUGGGCAUAUAGCAA